AUGCUACUGUUACUGCCACCUCUGCUGCCUCCUGCAUACACCUUCCCCAGCAGCGGUGUAGCAACACAAGAGGCAGGCGGGAAGCUGUUGCAGGGGGAUUCUCUGGAGCUGAGCUGCAGGGCUGCCUCUGCAAAGGUGACAUUAGAGCCGAGCCAAGCCGUGGUGUUGGACUGUAACCUGGCUUCUGUCGAGCAGUUGAUCAAUAUCACGUGGAAGAAGAAUGGGUUCCCAUUAGUGGAGCAGGAGCACCUUCGUGUGCUUCCAAAUGGAUCACUCUUCAUAUCGUCCCCGGCUGCUGCUAAGGAGAGUAAAUAUCCUGAAGGGACUGGCGCAGAGGGUAAUUACUCCUGUGUCUCCCAGAGCACCUUAGGCGCGGUUGCCAGUCAAACGGCUGCAGUUAGAUUUUCAAGUUUAUCACGUUUUUUUCAACAGCCAGCGUCUCAGACAGUGGAAGAAAAUGGUAUGGCCCGAUUUGAGUGUCGGAUCGAAGGAUUGCCCUCCCCUGUCAUCACCUGGGAGAAGGAUCAAGUGGCAGUUCCUGAAGAGCCCAGGUUUAUAACUCUUCCCAAUGGCAUCCUCCAAAUCGUAGAUGUGCGGGAAAGCGACGCUGGGGGCUAUCGCUGCGUAGCGACCAACGCAGCACGGAAACGCUACAGUGACGACGCUAUUCUUAGCGUCUUAAAAGGUUCCCAACCAGCAGUGACUCAAGAUGUCGCAAUUGUUGCUGCUCCAGAGAACACCACAGUGGUAGUUGGAGAGAGUGCAGUCAUGGAGUGCAUGGCCUCUGCAGAUCCCACCCCAUUUGUCUCUUGGAUACGACAGGAUGGAAAGCCUAUUUCCACGGACGUGAUUGUGUUAGGCCGGACCAACCUCCUAAUUCCUCGGGCCCAGCCCCAUCACUCUGGCGUGUACGUCUGUCGGGCGAACAAACCCCAGACCAGGCAGUUUGUUACAGCUGCGGCUGAGCUCAGCGUCCUUGCACCUCCCAGCAUCUCCCAGUCUCCCGAAACUAUUUCCCGCACCCGCGCCAGCACUGCCAGGUUUGUCUGCAAAGCAGAAGGGGAGCCCGCCCCCAUCAUCCACUGGCUGAAGAACGGAGAGCCCAUCCUGUCCAAUGGCCGGGUGAAAAUUCAGAGCAGUGGCAGCCUGGUGAUCAACCAGAUCGGGCUGGAGGAUGCCGGCUAUUACCAGUGUGUGGCGGAGAACAGGCUGGGGAUGGCAUGUGCCACGGCCAAGCUCUCGGUCAUUGUGCGGGAGGGCUUGCCGAGUGCUCCCAAGAAGGUGUCAGCCGUCUCCCUGUCCAGCACCACUGUCUUAGUGUCCUGGGAGCGUCCAGAGUACAACAGCGAGCAGAUCAUUGGCUUUUCCCUGCAUUAUCAGAAGGCCCUGGGAACUGAUAAUGUGGAAUACCAAUUUGCUGUCAAUAAUGAUACCACUGAGCUUCAAGUGAAAGACCUGGAACCCAAUACCAAUUAUGUUUUCUACAUGGUUGCGUACUCCCAGCUAGGAGCCAGUCGGACGUCCUCUUCCAUUAUCGUGCGGACACUGGAGGACGUUCCCAGCGCUGCUCCUCAGCUGUCGCUGUCGAGCAUGACCCCGGCCGACAUCAGAGUGACGUGGCUGCCUCUCCCUCCGGAGCUGAGCAAUGGGAAGAUAACGAAAUAUAAAAUUGACUACUGCACCCUCAAGGAAGCAGAUCAGAUCUCCUCCACCGAGGUGGGUGCGAAUGAGACACAAAUCACCCUUGAGUCGCUCCAUCCCAAUAAAGUCUACAAAGUGCGCAUUGCAGCCAGCACCAGUGCAGGGUAUGGCGCCCCUUCGGAGUGGACGCAGCAUCGUACUCCUGACAAGGACAACCAAACGCACGUUCCGUUUGCCCCGACAGAAUUAAAAGUCCGAGCGAAAAUGGAAUCCCUCCUGGUCACGUGGCAGCCCCCAGCCAACCAUGCACAGAUUUCAGGCUACAAGCUGUACUACCGGGAGGUGGGCACGGAAGAGUCAAGUGACGAAAACCCCUCGGAUGGCACGGAAGAGGAGAGCUGGGAUGUGGGGCCCAUAAAGCUAAAGAAGAAAGUGAAGCAGUAUGAAUUAACUCGACUAGCCCCGGGGAGACUCUAUGAGGUGAAGCUGGUGGCAUUCAAUAAGCACGAAGAUGGCUACGCGGCUGUAUGGAAGGGCAAAACGGAAAAGGCACCCGUGACCGCAGUAGACCCUCCAGUUCAGAAGGGCCCCCCACUGCCCCCAGCCCAGGUCUAUGCAGAGUCCAACAGUUCGACCUCGAUUUGGCUCAGGUGGAAGAAACCAGACUUCACGACGGUCAAGAUCGUCAAUUACACCGUGCGGUUCAGCCCUUGGGGACUGAAAAACGCCUCUCUUGUCACUUACUACACCAGUUCUGAUGAAGGUAUUCUCAUCAGCGGAUUGAAACCUUACACCAAGUAUGAGUUUGCAGUCCAGUCUAACGGAGUUGGGAUUGACGGACCGUUCGGCAGCGUGGUGGAGAGGUUCACCCUUCCUGACCGGCCGUCGACGCCACCGUCCGACCUCAGGCUGCAUCCAAUCAACCCAUACGCUGUGCAGGUGCAUUGGUGUCCUCCAGUCGAACCCAACGGCAUCAUCGUGGAGUAUGUCAUCCUGUAUAAUGCAAACAACACGCAGCCCGACGACAUGUGGACUCUGCUGAGGAAAGAAGGAAAUAUUUUCAGCACCGAGGUGCGUGGCUUGGAGAGCAACACCAGGUAUUACUUCAAGAUGGGAGCAAAGACCAUUGUAGGAUCCGGGCCGUACUCGAACGUAAAGGACGUGCACACGCUUCGCGAGAAGCUGUCAGAUGUUCUGGAUGUGCACUCGGUCACCGGGAUCAUCGUGGGAGUCUGCUUAGGUCUCCUCUGCAUACUCUUCUGUAUGUGUGCCAGUUUCCGCAGCAGCAAGCAGAGGGAGGCUCUGCCAGGCCUGGAUUCUCAAGCAGCCGGGAAUCACAGCUCCUGUCACCGGGGCAGGCAGGGACCACCCGGGCCCAGCGCCAAGUCUGAUUCUCAUGAGCUGGAGUCCCUCAUGUCCCCGCUCUCUGAAGAGGUUCCCUUGCCCCUGAUGGACAUCACGGAGCUGACGGAAGUGCACAGCCUCAUCCACACCAGCCUUCCGGAUGACAGCAUCCACGGGAUAAGAAAGUCUACAUGGAAUAAAUCAAUUAAUCAGAACUGGACAAGUAGCAUAGCCAGAUGUGGAGAUGCCAUUACAAAAGAGCCUACUGCUGCUGUGAAUGGAACACUGAAGCCGCCUUCUAAUGCAGGACAAAAGCUUUUGCUACAAGCCCUGGUGUACAAUGCUGUUACGAAUGAAGUGAUGAAAAAUCAACCACCCAUCAGCCUCCAUCAAGUGGAAGCCGAGAUCAUCGUCCAUUCCGAUUUCUCAGCCUCUGACAGAGACUCUCAGCUUCACACGCUGGACACUGAAGAAAUGGAUCCUGAGGAUCACAACCCAGAAAACGUCCCCUCUGAUGAGCAGCCCCUUCACGCCUCCGCAAACGCCAAGCAGAAUGUCAGCAAAGCAUUAGUGGACUGCCAAGGCAAACCUGAGCUUCAGACCCAGGAUGCCCUGUUAAGUACUGACAGAAAGACUAACAAAAUGGAAGCUGUCGGCCCUCAUGGGCUCACCAAUGGCUUCCACAGGCAUGGAGAAAGUCUGGACUCUAUGGAAAGCGGGGAUUCGGACUGUCUUCAAGAAGGCAGAGGGAACGUACAGCCAGUCAAGUGCCAAGCUUUUCCCACAGGCCAACAGGACGCCCCUCUGUGUAGUAUCUCUGCGCUAAUCAAUUCAUCCUCAGCAUCUGAGAACGUGACGCGUGUCCAUAACCAUUAA